CUUACGUUAUCGAUUCCGCGCGCCAUAAAUUGAACGCAAGGCUCAUUCUUUAACCUCGCAGAAGCACAAUUUCUGCGAACUUCUCAAAACAAUGGUAACACCUGGGGUGUUUAGCACUGAAUCAGUGCUAAACGUUCGUAUUGGAGAAGAAAUAUUCUUCCGUCAAUUCAAUCUCUUUCCUAGUUACAUUUUGUUGUUGUUUGGUGGUUUCCAAUAUUUUCUCGACUUGAGAAAACGGGAUCUUGGAAUUCGAUUUAAAAGUUAUUGGACCAUCUGGCUGAAACUGCUCAACAUUGUUUUGCUGAUUACCUUAGGUGCAUCUUCUUUCGUUGAUGUAUUCGGUUGGUACGGUACAAUUGUUGCAUUUGCUGCUCUCGCAUUUGCUGCUUUCAUCCAUGUCGUUGAACAACCUACUCUUCGUGUUCCUUUUGGCUCACUGUUAAUGUUCUAUGCGUUGUCUUUAAUUUCCACUUCUACUUCAUUUAUUUUUCACAAAUCAAAGGCAUUUUCUUCCAUUUCUCCUUCGACCUUUGGAUUAUGGACAAUUUUCUCUGUUAUCGGUCUUACUGCUGAGCUUUUUGUUCCUCCUCCUAACCGCGUUUGGCUUCCAGCGGACGAGGCAGCAACGAACUUGUCAGGCCUUCGUCCUGCUCAGUAUACCUACGCAAACAUUUUCAGUAAAAUUACGUUCUCAUGGCUGACUCCCAUUAUGCGUUUUGGUUACAAGCAUUAUUUGAAGGAAGAGGACUGCUGGGAACUUCCCAAGGUUGAACAAACGGACGUUCAGUUGCGUACUUUCUCCAAAUAUUGGAACCGCUAUGGAGAGAAAGUAGGAAGCCAAUCCGGCUCACUUUGGUUGGUUCUAUUUCGUGCACAUUUCCCUGUGGUGGCACUUUGUGUCUUCUACAAGUUUAUUCAAGAUUGCUUAGCCUUCGUUCAACCUCAGUUGAUUCGUCGCAUUAUUAUCUUCGUGAAUUCGUACACCUCCAAGCACCCUUUUCCCGCUUCCAAUGGUAUCCUUCUUUCUUUGGGCAUGCUGGUUUCCUCUGCUGUCCAAUCCGCUAUCUUCCAUCAAUACUUGCAGUUAACAAUGAUUAUUGGAAUGCGCUGGCGCGCUCAAUUGAUUGCUGCUAUUUACCGUAAAGCUCUGCGUUUGUCUAGCGAAACAAGACAGGGCCGUUCUACUGGUGAUAUUGUAAACUACAUGGCUGUCGAUACUCAGAAGCUCGCUGACUUGACAAUGUACUUGUUCAUCAGUAUUUCUGGCCCCUUCCAAAUCGUUCUGGCACUCGUGAGUUUGUACAAGCUUUUGGGUUAUAGUGCAUUGUCUGGUGUCGUAAUUAUGCUUCUUUUGAUCCCAAUGAAUGCGGUGAUUGCUAGUUACGCCAAGAAACUUCAAGCCAAGCAAAUGAAGAAUAAAGACGCACGUUCUCGCAUGAUGACAGAAAUUAUCAACAACAUUAAGAGUAUUAAGUUAUAUUCAUGGGAGAAAACCUUUUACGAUAAGCUUAUCAAUUUGCGUAACAACAAGGAGCUUCGCAUGCUUCGUAAGAUUUUCCUUGUUAAUUGCGGAAGUUUCUUCCUCUGGCUUGCUGCACCUAUUUUCGUCUCUUUUGUUACCUUUGGUACAUUCAUUCUUAUAUAUGGAAAGUCCAGGCCACUCACUACUGACAUCGUCUUUUCAGCUCUGGCCCUGUUCAACCUGUUACAGUUCCCCCUCGCAAUGCUUCCUAAUGUCAUUAGUUCUAUUUUGGAAGCCUCCGUCGCCGUCCGUCGUAUCCAUGAAUAUUUAAUCGCUCCUGAACUCGCUGAGGAUGCUAUUGAGCGCCACGCAGUUCAAGAAUCUCCAGAAGGUGUCAUUGUUGAAGUAAAGGAUGCGACGUUUUAUUGGAAUGAUCCCAACAGCGAGGGCGCUGCUCCAAUUCUCAAAGAUAUAAACUUUAUUGCUCGAAAGGGUGAAUUGUCUUGUAUCGUUGGACGUGUCGGUAUGGGCAAGAGUUCGCUCCUGGAAGCAAUUCUUGGAGAUAUGCACAGAGCCGCUGGAACCGUUAAACUUUACGGUAACAUCGCUUACGCAGCCCAACAACCAUGGAUUCUGAACGCUACUGUUCGUGAAAAUAUUCUUUUUGGCCAUGAUUUUGAACCUGAAUUUUAUGAGAAAACGAUUGAUGCAUGCUCUCUUCGUCGAGACUUUGAAAUGUUCGCUGACGGUGAUCAAACAGAAGUUGGUGAAAAGGGUAUCUCUCUGUCCGGUGGUCAGAAAGCUCGUAUUUCUUUGGCUCGUGCAGUAUAUUCGCGUGCUGAUCUCUACAUAUUGGAUGAUGUUUUGUCGGCUGUAGAUCAGCAUGUUUCCAAGCACCUUAUUGAUAAUAUUCUGGGUCCUAAGGGUCUUCUGAGAUCUCGCGCUGUCAUUUUAGCUACAAAUUCUCUUCCAGUACUUCAAGUUGCCGAUUCGAUCCACAUGUUGCGUGAUGGUCAAGUUGUUGAGCAUGGAAGCUUCACUCAGCUUUCUGCAGAUGAGAACAGUCAGCUUUUCCAGUUGCUGAAGGAGUUUGGCACCGCUCAUUCGGAAAGUACUUCGUUACAGGAGAGCACUACACUGGAGGAGGAUAAGGAGUCUGAUGCAAUGGAAGCUUCUGUCGGCACCACGGAGCGCCGUAACAGUACGAUUACUAUCGGCAAACCCGUCAUUAGUCAGAACGGUCGCAUUCGCCGUAAGGUUGUCGACGAGGAAGACACUCGUGUAACUGGUGUAAAGCGAGAGCUUCAAAAUCGUGGCCAUAUUCGCAAGGAAGUCUACUUUGCCUACUUCAAGUCGGCAUCCUUGGUUGCUACAGUGGCUUACUUUAUCUGUAUCGUUGCCGGAAUGGGUAUGAAUGUUGCUUCGAAUGUUUGGCUGAAGCACUGGAGUGAGGUUAAUACGGGUGCUGACAGUAACCCCUCUGCGCCUUUCUAUCUCUUUGUCUACUUUGGACUGGGUUUGGCGUUCUGUUUCCUGAUUGCCGUGGCUAAUGUUAUACUCACUGUGUAUGGAACACUUCGUGCUUCUCACCAUCUUCAUGACAGUAUGUUGAAGGCUGUGCUUCGUGCUCCCAUGAGCUUCUUUGAAACAACCCCCACCGGCCGUAUUUUGAAUCGAUUCUCUAGUGAUGUGUAUCGCAUUGACGAAGUCAUUGCCCGUGUUUUCAUGUUCUUUUUCCGGAACGCUACGCAAGUUACAUUCGUUCUUUUGGUUAUUAUUUACUCUUCGCCCGGAUUCCUGCUUCUCGUUCUUCCUCUCGGUAUCCUUUAUCGACUGAGUCAACGGUAUUAUACUCAUACAAGUCGUGAGCUCAAACGUCUCGACAGUGUUACACGGAGUCCGCUGUAUGCACAUUUCCAAGAGUCACUUGGUGGUUUAUCUACUAUUCGUGCUUAUGACCGUACUGGUACGUUCGUGCACGAAAACGACUGGCGUGUUGACACGAAUCAUCGUAUCUUCUACCUCUUUUUUACAUCCAACCGUUGGCUGGCCGUUCGGUUGGAAUUCAUCGGUAGUUGUGUAGUUUUUAGUUCUGCUUUCCUGGGCGUACUUUCUGCUUUGCGUGGACAUCCAAAUGCUGGUCUCGUGGGUCUCUCGCUUUCGUAUGCCAUUCAGAUCACGCAGAACAUGAGCUUCAUCGUCCGCCAAAUGGUGGAUGUUGAGACAAACAUUGUUUCUGUAGAGCGUAUUCUUGAGUAUUCCAACAUUAAGAGUGAGGCACCUGCUAUCAUUCCUGACAGACGUCCUCCUACUGAUUGGCCUUCGAAGGGUGCUGUGGAUUUCAACCAUUACAGCGUCCGUUACCGUGAAAAUCUUCCAUUGGUUCUUCAAGACAUCAACAUCAGUGUCAAGCCUCAAGAGAAGAUUGGUAUUGUUGGUCGUACUGGAGCUGGAAAGUCUACUCUGACAAUGGCACUGUUUCGUAUGAUUGAGCCCACCAAGGGUAAUAUCAGCAUUGAUGGAUUGAACACAUCGACAAUUGGAUUGGAAGAUUUGCGGUCCCAUAUCGCCAUUAUUCCCCAAGAGAACCAGGCCUUCGAAGGAACACUUCGCGACAAUCUUGAUCCCGCUGGUCAUCAUACAGAUGAAGAUAUUUACGCUGCUCUCGAGGAUGCUUCGUUGUCGUCAUUCGUAAAGGGCUUACCUGAAGGUUUGUAUUUCCACGUCACCGAGGGUGGUAGCAAUUUGUCUUUGGGCCAACGGCAACUUCUGUGUUUGACGCGUGCUCUGCUUACUCCUACGAAAGUUCUUCUACUUGACGAGGCGACAGCUGCCGUGGAUGUUGAAACGGAUGCCAUUGUUCAAGCAACCAUCCGGAGCAAAUUCCACGAUCGCACCAUUAUGACAAUUGCACACCGCAUCAACACCGUUUUAGAUUCGGACCGCAUCCUUGUUCUCGACCACGGUCAAGUUGUUGAGUUUGACAACACACAAAAGCUGCUGAAUGACAAGAACUCGCUCUUUUAUUCUCUUGUCUAUGGCACUCAACUGGCUUAAUUGCGGGCAGUAUCCCGUUAUUAACUUUCAAUCCCCCCUCAUUAGAGUAUUCUCGUGUAUACUGUUUUUUACAUAAUCUGUCAUAUCGUUCUUCAAUUUGCCGUAUUUUAUUUGUGUGCAUGAAAUUUUCAUUCGUAUCGGAUUAAACGAAAGGAAGAAUGUAUUGUUUGUUUGCCUGCUACGGAAUUAAUUCUGCAAUUGACAACUUUCUGUUUCACGCAAUUGUUAACAUAACUUCGAUUGAUUGUUGAACUUCGCGA